AAAAACAACACUGCAAAACGCAACCAGAUCUUUUAUUUAAAAAGAUCGUGUUUACUGAGUAGUGAAAUUCUAUACUUUUGUUCUACGAUUGGCCGUCGUUGUAGGUCAGAUCUGGUGAAUACGGUGGUUGGUCAACCAAUUCGUGAAGUAUAGUCAUUGUGAUCAUCGAAAUGUAAAAGCAAAGCAUAAGCAAAUAUAUUUCUUAUGUUGAUAAGUUUUGACAUCUUCAGUUUAAGGUGCUACCAGGGCUUUACGUUGGAAAUUAUAGAGAUUCUAAGGACGCUGCGCAACUUGCAAAGUAUAACAUUACACAUAUUUUAGCUAUCCAUGAUACAGCAAGAAGGAUACAUUCGGAUAAACACUAUCUUUGCGUGAUGGCGUCCGAUUCUCCAGAUCAAAAUUUAACUCAAUAUUUCUCUCUAUGUAACGAUUUCAUUCACGCGGCCCGAAUUCGAGAUGGAAAUGUCCUCAUACAUUGCCUUGCAGGAAUGUCUCGUAGUGUAACUGUAGCUGUUGCUUAUAUAAUGACAGUUACUACAUUGAAUUGGAAAGAAGCUUUGAAAGUCGUUAGAGCUGGAAGAGCAGUCGCCAAUCCGAAUUUGGGUUUCCAAAAGCAAUUAGAAGAAUUCGAAUGCACUAGAUUACUUGAGGAAAGGAGACGUUUAAAAGAACGUUUUCCUAGUUUAGCUUUAGUUUAUAGAGAUCAAGAGCAAUGUUCUCUAAUGCUCAAUAAUUACGAAGAAUUGUUACAAUCGCGAUCGAUAUGCGAAGGAAAAUGUGCCUUAGGUGAACAAUGUCCUACCGGACUUUGCCGAUCCGGAAGUACUCAAAAACGUACUAGAAGAAGAAGUAGUAGAUCGCAAUCCGAAAUGCGAAGAAGUCCGAGUUCCACGAGUACGAGUAGUAGUUGCAGUACGAGUAGUAGUAGACCCAGGUCCAGUCCGUCGGGUCUAAGAAGUUUUACCGGAUCUGCUCCACCUUCUCGAUCCGGAUCAAAAGUUGAUCUUAGUACAAUGGGAUCAUCUGGAACUUUAACCGCCCCAUCUACGCCCUUAGGAAGUCCAUCAAUAUCGCCGAAACGUCGGGGUUUGGGCCCAGAAAAAAUUGCAGUACCUCUUGCUUUAAGAGAAGAUGAUUGUGACUUAUAACCUUCAGGGGAUGGUUUAAAACGUGACGAUUUUGGAAAAUUUUAUUUAAAAUUAUACAUUUUGGCGUAUUCCUUAUAACUAAAUAUUGUAAAAAUAGUAAAAGUUGUCUUUUCGUUGA